AUCGAGUAGUCGAUAGUAGUGUCUCCUGAAAUCGAGUAUUAUUAUUAUUUAUCAUUUCUGUGUGCAAAAGUGAAAAAAUAACAAAACAAACGUGCAAUAAACGGUGAAAAACGCAAAGCGCAAUUCGCGGACGAAAUACGGCGACAAAGGCAGCUUGCGAUAAACGCGGGCAACGUAACAAAAACGUGAAAAGAAAAACGCCAGCAGCAGCUACGACGAAGAUGAGCGAAGAAGAAGAAGGACGGCAGCAGCAGAAGCAGAAGCAAUAAUAGAAGAGAGUGCAACGGAAUAACGGGGGCAUAAAAAACGCGAAAACGAAAAUAAGAAUAAGAAAUUGCUGCGAAGUGAGUGUGCACAACUGUAAAAUCUCCCCCAUCUCUGUUGCUCCCCCGCACGCCCGCCCGCGUGCCCAUUCGUGUGCCUCAGUGUGUGUGUGUGCGUAUAAGAAUUCUGCUGCCUCUCUGCGGCUGUGUGCCUGCGUGUGAGUUCGUGUGUGUUGGUGAGUGUGAAAAACAAAAGCCAAAAAAUCGGAGCAAAGAAUAUAUAGAAAUCAAGGAAAUGCAAUAUAGAAACGGCCGCCUCUGCCGCCGCCGCCGCGACCGCUGCUGUUGCUGCUGCUGCGUGCUGUAAUCCCAAUUGGAGGGGAGCCCGUGUGUGUGUUUGCGACUGUGUGUGUGCGUGUGAAAAAGAGGUCAAAGGCGCAACAAAAGUUUUUCACUUCAUGCGGUAACCACACAAAAAAAAGUUCAAAAUAAAAAAUAAAAAACAACGUCGCAGUUCUGCGUUAAAACAAUAAACCUGCCCGAGUGUGCGUGCGCGUGUGCAGGUGUGUGUGUGUUUGUGUCGGUGUAUAAGAGCGAGCAAACAACAACAGAAAGGAAAGAAAAAAAAACAAUCAGUUGUUAAAAUAAUUUCGGAUUUAAUCACACAACUGCCGCCGACUCAAAAUCAAAAUCUGGUUUUAUCAGGCGACGCAAAAAACGCAAAAGGCAAACGGCAACCAACAACAGCAACAAAAAAAGCGCCAAAAAAUUAAAUUCUUCUAUACGAGAUUUUAAUCAAGCAAGCGAGAGCGAGGGAGCAACAUUCAGAGAGAGCAGCAGCAGCAGCCGCAGCUCAAAAUCCAAUUGGAGUUUGCCGCGCGCGAUAGAGAGAGCGUGAAAGAGUGAGAGAGCAAAGGAAUUUUUGUUCUUCCUCCUGCAGACACCACACAUCCUCCACAAUGGCCAAUCCGCGCAAGUUCAGUGAAAAGAUUGCCCUGCAAAAGCAGAAGCAGGCGGAGGGCACGGCGGAAUUUGAGCGGAUCAUGAAGGAAGUAUAUGCCACAAAGCGAGACGAACCACCGGCUAACCAGAAAAUCCUAGAGUGCCUGGGCGGGGGUCAGGAGGUGAGCCAAGCCUCACCAGGAGCCGGUAAUGGCUCAGGCAGCGGCGGUGGUGGUGGUAGUGGAUCCGGCAGUGGAGCCAGUGGUGGUGGUGCCUCGCCAGAUGGUUUGGCAGGCGGCGGUGGUGGUUCCCCAACCGCCUAUCGCGAGUCCCGAGGACGCAGCGUGGGAGUAGGACCCAUGAGGAGACCUUCGGAGCGCAAGCAGGAUCGCUCACCAUACGGCAGCAGCAGCACGCAGCAGACUCUGGACAAUGGCCAACCCAAUCCGCAUCUUCUCGGCCCGCCCACAGCGGACAGCUUGUGGCGUCGCUCCAGCUCGGACUCAGCGCUCCACCAGAGCGCGGCGGAGGCGGGCUUUAAUACGGACUACUACCAGCAGCAACAGCAGCAGCAUCAACAGCCGGUCCAGCAACGAUCUCACUCGCCGCACCAUGCGAUAGGCAGGAGCUUUAGUCCGCAGGCGCAGCGCAGGAAGUCGCCGCUGCUUCAACCGCAUCAGCUGCAAUUGCAGCAGCUUCAGCAGCAGCAGCAACAGAUGCAGCAGCAGCAUCAGCUGCAUCAGCAACUCCAGAUGCAACAGCAGCAGCAGCACCAACAACAGCAGCAGUUGCAACAACACCAGCAGCAACAGCAACAACAACAGCAGCAGCACACAACGCCAUACAAUAACGCCAAAUUCCCAAACUCGCUGUUCCGGCCGUUGCAGGAUCAGGCCAGUUAUGCCAAUACCGGCUCCCUGCCCGAUCUCACAGCGUUGCAGAACUAUGCACCACAGCAGCAACAGCAACCUCAACAACAACAGCAACAACAGCAAUUGCAGCAAACUCUAUCGCCCGUCAUGUCACCGCACAAUCACCAUCGCGAAAGGGAUCAAUCACCCAGUCCCUUCAGUCCGGCGGGGGGAGGAGGAGCCGGUCCCGGGUCACCUUAUCAUCAGCAGCAGCACUCGCCCACCAGCAACACACAGCAGCAGCAGCAGCAGCAGCAGCAACCCAGCAGUUCGCCGCACCUGUCCUUUACCAAUUUGGCCACCACGCAGGCGGCGGGCUCCACGUUUAACCCGCUGCCAACACUGGGACCGCACAAUGCCACCGAUUACCGCCAGCCACCGAAUCCGCCUAGUCCGCGCUCCUCCCCCGGCCUGCUUAGCAGUGUCUCGGCCACGGAUCUGCACUCGAGUGCUCCGGCCAGUCCUAUACGACAGCAGCAGCAGCACCAACAGCAACAAGCACAACAACAGCAGCAGCAGCAGCAACAGGCACAGCAGCAGCAGCAACAGGCACAGCAGCAGCAGCAACAGACGCACCAAUUCGAUGCCUCCUACAACAGUCUGAAUACCUCGUUUCACAAUCAGUUUGAGAUCUUCUCGCUGGGCGAUAGCAAUUCCUCGCCGGAGCAGCAGGGCUUUGCCAAUACCUUUGUGGCCCUGGACUUUGACGAGCUGAGCGGUGGUGAAGGUGGUGGCAACGGUGGCUCUGGCAGCAAUGGAGGUGGCCUGACCAACGGUUAUAACAACAAGCAACAGGAUCUGCUGGACUUUGGCGAACUGAGUGGCAGUCCAGAGGCGAGUGGGAACAACAAUAAUAUGCGACGUGGUCAAGUGAGCAACUUGAACAACAACGGGCUGAGCAACGGUGUGGUGGGAUCGACGCACAACGGAAGCACAAAUCUAAAUGGAGCGGGGAACAAUAAUAGUAGUAGUAGUGGUGGCGCCGGGGCCUCCUCGGGUGGAGAUCCUCUGGGUAUCACAUCAUCGCCUGUUCCCUCACCCUUAGGAUGUCCCAGCUCACCGCUGCCCAUACCCAUGUCGGCACAAGGAUCACCGCAACAGCAACAUCACCACCACCAGCAGCACCACCAUCAUCACCAUCAACAGCAGCAGCAGCAACAGCAACAACAGCAACAGCAGCUUCAUCAGCAGCAACAGUUAUCGCUAUCACUGCACCAUUCUCCGCAUCAUUCGCCGAUGCAUUCGCCGCAUCAUGGGAAUUCACCGCUUUCGAGCAGCUCGCCAGUGAGUCACAAUGCCUGCUCCAACUCCAACAAUGUGGUGAUGAACCACCAUCAGCAGCAGCAGCAACUCCACCAUCAUCAUCAAGGAUCCUCGCAGAGUCACACGCCGACCACAGCGAAUAUACCUUCGAUUAUCUUUAGUGAUUACUCCUCCAAUGCGGACUUUUCGCGUGAAAUCUUCGAUAAUUUGGACCUGGAUCUGGGCCAAAUGGAUGUGGCCGGCCUGCAGAUGCUCUCCGAUCAGAAUCCUAUCAUGAUUGCUGAUCCCAAUAUCGAGGACAGUUUUCGACGCGACCUCAACUGAUACUAUGAGGAGGCUGUUGCGGCCAUUGAGAGCGGAGUGCUGCUGGAGGAUACCUACCAGGAGCUGCUAGGAUCGGAUGACCAAACGGCAACAGUUGAGGUGGCUACAGCGGCAGCAACAGUGGAAGCAACAGCGGCAGCAGCAACAGUUAGCGACAAGGACAAAAAGGAGCUGGAGGUGGUGGAGUUGCUGGUGUCCGGAGUAAUGGAUGACCUGGUGGACUCCAGUGACCUAGACGAGGAGGUGCGCAACUUCUUCUUUUAGGUGGCAAAGCCUCAUUGUUAUUGUUUCCCUUAACUGUUGAGAUUUCCAUUUUAAGUUAGCCGGAAGCAAAGCGGUUUUAUUUUGCGACCUUAUAUCCGAUUCAGCUUAAUGUCCGGAAAUUAAAAUCGAAAGCUAAGUUCA